GGAACUAAACGCGGUCAUGUCGGCCGCCCUGCUGCGGCGCGGCUUGGAGCUGCUGGGGGCGCCGGAGGCCCCCCGGGACGCAGCAGGCCCGGCCAAGCAGAACGGGGCCCCGGCGAAGCGGACCCGGAAGGCAAAGGCAUCCCAGGCCCAGAAACUGCGGAACUCGGCCAAGGGAAAGGUGCCCAAGUCCGCACUCGCUGAGUUCAAGAAGCGAGAGUGUCGAGGCUACCUCGGAGUAAACCUGAAGUUCAUGACCAGUGCAAGAAGUACCGUGGCAGAGUCAGUCACCCGGCAGAUUGUGCGGCAGAACCGGGGCCGCAAGGCCUGUGACCGGCCUGUAGCCAAGACGAAAAAGAAGAAGAAGGCUGAGGGCACUGUGUUCACUGAGGAAGACUUCCAGAAGUUCCAGCAGGAAUACUUCGGCAGCUAGGCUCCCAGGAGGACACAGUGGGAAAGGCACUCAGGCCCAGUCUCCUCCUCUGACCUCGCGGCCUCUGCUAGCCCCGGGGGCCAGAGCAGGGUGGCUGGCAAGGAGCUGCGGAGCUGGAAGCCCUGGGGCGGAGAUGCUCUCAGACCAGAGCCGACAUCUGCAGGCUCAGGAAGAGCCAUCUACCUGCUAGAAGACAUUUCUGACUGCUUUGUUUGCUUUGCCCCAAGUAGGGCCUCUGGGCUGUUCGCUCCAGAAAGGCCAGUUCUUAGGCCCUUGGGGCCACACCGCUAGGAGUGGGAAGGCCGCCAGGCCAGCUUCCAGGUUCUAAUAAAUGUGAACCCAAUAGCA